UUGUUAUAAUAAUGAAGUCGUUUUUGCAACACUUUCAUAGGACGGAUGUUCAAUCACUACAUUUUUCCUCAUUUACAAUAAUUUAACGAAAAAUAAACAACUGUGCUAAUUAUUUUUCGUAUAAGUUAACGGGAUCGUUUCCCAACUGACAUUUCUAUUCCAUUUUCGGAACCUCGGAAUAUUCUAUCAGUUUCAAGAAUUAAUAUUGGAAUUAUUCAAGAGCCCAGAUAUGGGGACGACGUCGAGUCGAUACGAGGAUCUUUCUAAGAACCCCCUCUUGGAUAGGUUCUGCAGCGAGGAAUGCAUACCCCUAAAUGAUUCGUUCUGGAGUAAUUUUUUGUCGUAUAAUAUACGACCUCCAAUUACACGAAAUGAGCAAAUAGAAUUGGAUUCAACGCUCAAUGCCGUUUGUCAACGACUUCUGAUCAACAAUUUGAACACCGGUAACUUUGGCACACUCGUCGAAGUGACAUUGCUCCAAACGAGCGAACUUUUAGGAUCCAUUCAAGAUCAAAAUGUUGUAUCGGCUUGGCAAUCGUACAAUGCUUUGUUCGCAACAAGAUGUAUAUUAAAAUAUUUGCUGGAAACAGUUGGGGAAGAAGAGAUGAUCAAACAUACGGAAGUAUCGUUGAACAAUACUGAACCCAAAGAUAGUAUAAUUAGUCGAACAGAGCAAUUAAUUGCUGCACUUAUUGAUAUAGUCAUCGAUGUACCUCUGUGUGAAUAUACGUAUAUCGUACAUCUCGAAGCUAUCAAUUGUUUACUCGUACUUCUUUCGGUACAACUGUUCGCCCAAAGUUCGGCUGAAUAUAGUUCGAUAUAUAGGAUUUUCAUGCACAACGAGCAAAGAGUACGGGCUCCCAUAAUCGUUUGCACCUUGUUGAACAAUUUUGCUCAACAGCAUCACGCUCCACCUGGAUUAUUGGCACGAGAGGCUGGAGGUAGCAUAGUAUUUAGCAUUGCAGCUGGACUCUGGAAUGUAAUUACAAUGGGAAUGGGAAAUAGUAUGAAGAACGUACAAGUGAACAGUCACGGUACUAAGGAAGACGAGGAAAAACGUGAUACCGAAACUCCCCUGGCGAGUCAGUCGUUAUUGCUUUUACUCGUACUAACGAAUCAUUGCACAACAACAAAUAAUCCAUAUCGUGAUGCUCUGAUUACUUUUUCACACAUUCAAGAUGCGAACAACCCUGCACCAACGAAAGCCAUUAUCCCCUUCCGGUUAAACUUGGACAAAUUGUACAACACUAUCUGUAAAAUACCAAACACCGAUGAAGUUAUAUUAUUAUUAUAUAUGUUACUUCAUCAAAACGCAAGUGUCAAAGAAUACAUAAUCAAACGAUCGGAUAUUCAUUUAUUAAUAACGCCAAUAUUGCAAAUCUUGUAUCACGCUCCAGACAACACGUCGCAUCAUAUUUACAUGUCGUUAAUAAUCCUGCUGAUACUCAGUGAAGACGACUCGUUCAAUAGAAGGAUCCACGAAAUUAUGCUCAAGGGCGUCACGUGGUAUACCGAGAGAUGUAUCAGUGAAAUUUCGUUAGGUGGUCUCCUCAUUCUCGUUGUAAUACGAACGAUACAGUACAAUAUGCUCAAAAUGAGAGACAAAUAUCUUCAUACGAAUUGCUUGGCUGCUCUCGCUAAUAUGUCGGCACAAUUUCGUGCUUUGCAUCCGUACGUCAGUCAGAGAUUACUGAGUCUCUUUGAAACUCUUGCGAAGAAGCACGCCAGGCUCGAAGCACGGAUCCAUGGGCAAGCUGCUUCCGGCGUUGUCAAUACUGCCAUUGACAUCAGUCAGAACCCCGCUAGCGCAGAUUUGAUUCAAGAUUUGACGAUUCUUGAGGAAGUUCUUCGAAUGGUACUCGAAAUAAUAAACAGUGCUCUGACUCAUCAGUUGGCACCAAAUCCAAAUUUGAUAUACACACUUCUGUAUAAGAGGGACGUAUUUCAACCUUACAGAACACACUCUGCUUUCCAGGAUAUCAUACAAAAUAUUUAUUCUGUUAUCAACUUCUUUUCUUACAAAUUAGAGCAAAUUGGACAGUCGCAAAUUGGCGUGAGUCAAGUUCUCAGUGCAAUACAACAAGGCUCGACGCAAUGGCCAAAGGAUCGUCUCAGGAAAUUUCCGGAGCUCAAAUUCCGGUAUGUGGAAGAAGAUCAGCCAGAAGAAUUUUUUAUACCGUAUGUGUGGAGUGUCGUUUGCCGGGGUGCACUGCUUCAUUGGAGUGCUGAAAAUAUAAAACUCUCGCUACCUAAUAAUGGAGAACAAGCGACGAUGAUUGUACUCUGCUGAUAUCGGCACUUGGUACGUCGUGUUAUGAUGUAUGGAAGGACUGAAUAUAUAUAUAAUGAAUAUUUCAAUAAUUAUUUUAUGCAUUGGAAUCUCCAACUUUUUCGAAUAAUAUUCAUCCUAAAAAUGUUAAUAUUUAUAUAUUUUUUUUUAAUUUAUAUUUGUUUAUCAUGUACUUGAGCUCCAUUAAAUAUUUGUUCGCAUUCUUCUCAAA